AUUUCCGGCGUAGAAACAAUUAAGCAUUUGAAUCUGUCAAAUAACUUCUGCAAUGAAAUAUAUCCUGGAUUCUUUUGCGAAUUUAAGUCACUUGAAACCCUUGAUUUACACAAUAACUAUUUAGAAUCAGCAAUUUGUUCGGAUACGAAUGGUACAUUAUUUAGCAAACUAACCCAACUAAAAGAAAUUAAUUUGUCGUAUAAUAAGAUUUGGUUCAUACCCAAAAGUCUGUUUCGGGGAUUGAUUAAAUGUGAAAAAAUAGACCUUAGUCAUAACAAUCUGUUAUCAAAAGAUUUCAUUUUUACAAUUAGGCAUAUGGUUAAUUUGACUUACAUCGACUUUGAAACAAAUGGAUUAAGAUUUAUCAAUGAAAGUAUGCAACGUGAGUUAGAAAUUUCUGGUAAUUUGACUGUUGAUUUUUCCGACAACAGAUUUUAUUGUAUUUGUGACAGUCUCUCCUUUCUCCACUGGAUGUUUUCCACUAGACGUCUUAAUUUUAACAAUUUUGAUAACUAUGAAUGUGAUUUUACGAACGGGACAAUAGUGACUUUCGCAAAUAAGGAGCUUAUUUUCAAUGAAUUAAACAUAAAGUGUAGAAAGGCGUUAUGGUUUUUCUUUGGUGCGCUUGGUGGAACACUAAUUCUCGUUGUUAUAAUUAUUGGUGCGAUUACCUACAGAUUUAGAUGGAAAUUACGUUAUUUAUAUUAUUCAGCCACACGUUCUAACAAAAUACACCAUGGAAAUGAUAGUUUUGAAUAUGAUGCCUUUAUUUCCUAUUCGGAAGAUGCCAGAUUAUUUGUAGAUCAAACAAUGAGAUUUAAAGUUGAAGAAGAAGCGGGAUUAAGACUUUGCCUUCAUAAGAGAGAUUUUCUUCCUUCAUUACCGAUUGCUGAAGGUAUAGUUACUGCUGUUAAGACGAGUAGAAAGACAAUUCUUGUUAUGAGUCCAGAUUUUAUUAAAAGUUACUGGUGUCUGUAUGAAAUGAAUAUGGCAGAUAUGGAAAGUCAACAUACUGGACGAGAUAUGUUAUUAAUAUUAUUUUAUAAACAUAUUAAAUAUGAUAAAAUACCAUCAACUGUCAUGUAUCAGAUUAAAUCACAUACUUAUAUUGAAUAUCCUAAUGAGGACAAUGAUUCAGGGGAGAUGGAUAUAUUUUGGAAUAAUUUUAAAAUUGCUAUUGAAUGCUGAAAAGGAUUUACUAACUUACUUUUAGAAUCAGUCAUGUGUUAAAUUAGAUCUUGUGAGUUGCUAGAGACUAAAUAUGACCUUCUUGCGACCAGAAUGAUACACCUGGGAUGUUUUGUAAGCUUGGAAUACAUGAAGUAUUAUUAUUUGUAUCUGCCAUCCCUUAUCAUGGCAGCUAUUUAAAUUCGCCUACAAGAUCAGACAAUGAGCAGAGAGCACAUAACUAAAGCGCAAUCUAAUG